AUUACCUCUCUCUUCCCUCUCUUGUGCGGCCAUGCAGUGGACCAUACUCGAUUAACCACACAGUCAAUAAUACGUGAAGUCAUUACUACAGUGCGCAGAUAAACUUGCUCUGGCAGCCCUUCCCUUGGCCACAAUUCAUUACAGAGGACUCGGGAUCAAUGUAUACUACUCUUCAGGCGCAUUGUACAUCGGAUAUCACCUUGUAUUCCGGACCUCUUCUCAAUUCUGUGAGCAACUUCCUAUCACAGACACGCUCCAUGAACAUGUUUCCCCAAGGCAACAGACAAGGUGGAAGUUUCCAUUCCCAACAAGCACAAUGGGCACAAUAUCAGCGCUCACUAUCCGCCACACCAGAGGAUCCAUAUCAAGGGAGGCCGCAUGAAUCCUCUUUGAGCCCAUCUAUUGGGUACUCCUCUUUACCUUCACAACAGGUCAUGUUUUCCAAUACGUCCUACCCGAUAGGGCUGCAGCAACCUUUGCAAGCACAACCAUCUCAGGCAUUCUAUCCCACCUCUCAAAACAAUACCACCCACAGUCAUACCGGUAGCCUUGUCACUUCAGAGUCAGAAAGUCGCGUCCGGGUGCUUGAAUCACGCCCCAAACCCCAAUGCUGGGAUCACGGAUGCAAUGGCCGAGAAUUCUCGACAUUUAGUAACCUACUAAGACAUCAACGAGAGCGAUCUGGCGCCGCUGCAAAAUCCGAAUGCCCCCACUGCGGUGCUGUUUUUACGAGAUCUACGGCAAGAAAUACACAUAUUGCACAGGGCAAGUGUAAGGGAAUUCGGGAAUCAUCGGAAUGA